ACAGUAUGUAAAGAAAAAUAUUUUUUUUAUUUUCCGAAAAAUGACAAAAAAAAAAACAAAACAAAAAAAAAACAAAACACAACUUCAAAAAAACUCGCCAUGCCUCUUAUGAAGUACGUCAGACUGUCUACUUUGCAAAAAGGGGUCAUUUGGGGAUAUCUGUACUGUUCUGACAUUCUUGGACCUCAAGAAAUUAGCUUGGCUGUCAGUACUUCAGGAUUGAUCAAUAUUCAGAUCUAUACCAUAGUUUGUGAACUCUAUAACUUUCACACACACACACACAUCCUAAUUUGGGUUAUUUUCACCAAAGACAUGUAG